UCUACCUCCCCGCACCAAAAGCAUCAGACGCGCUAGGAAGCUCAGAUCAGCUCGCCUUGCCCGAGAGUCACACGCUUACACCAUGGCGGCAUCACAAGCCUGUUCCUCCAUCUUCUUCUUCGACGCCGAGCGGCUCGGCGAGGCCGGCAUGCCGGCGCUGGACGCGUGCGCGCUCUGCACAAAGCCGCUGGCCGGUGACAGCGACAUCUUCAUGUACAGAGGGGACACCCCCUUCUGCAGCGAGGAGUGCCGCGACGAGCAGAUGCAGCUCGACGCCGUUCGCGCCGGGAAGGCCGCCCGGCGGCUGCGGCAGUACGCUUCGGGUACGGAGGCGCUGCGCGGGCACCAGGAGUCCAGGAAGGUGUCCGUCGUGAGCUGACCGGCGACAGCGAAGCCCGUGGCCGUGGGCGCGUAGACCUGAGCUUAGUUUUGAAACCAACGGUGUGUGAAGAAUCGCCGAUCGUAGCUUGGAGUGAUUUCUGUCCGGUAAUCUCGUCUGGGACGGAGAUGCAGUGAAGGAUGCGAGGAUGUGCUGAGGCUCUGGCCACCUGGUCGCCCGCCGGACGCGUCCCCUUUUUCCCUCUUUUUGUGUGCGCUUGUUUGAGGCUCUGAGAGGCGCCGUUGAUUCCAUGCCCAUAUGUAAAUUGAAACCAUUUGGAAAGCCUGAUCAUGUUGACACAAAUUUUGCGCGAGACCAUGAAUUG